AUGAACAGAACACAAGUCAAAGGCGAAUCCAUUCUGACGGAUCAAUCACCCAUUCUGUUCAAAAAGGAUCGUAGACGAUAUCCGUCAUCAGGUUCCACGGCUGUUCGUCCACUUCCCAACUCUGAGGGAUAUGAAAACCACUUGGGAUUGAAUGACAUCAUCUAUCAUGUGAUGGUUCGUGGUGAAUCCCUUGUCUGUCUGGAGAUCGGAGGAAUCCAACGUCUUUGUUUGGCUCAGAUUUCAUCCACACUGUUGAAAAAUUUCUCAUACAAUGAAAUUCAUAAUCGGCGUGUUGCUUUGGGUAUCACAUGCGUUCAGUGCUCUCCGGCUCAGUUGGAAUUGUUGCGUGAGGCGGGCGCAAUGCCCACGUCGUCGAGACGAUGUGGAACAAUUACACGUCGAGAAGCCGAGCGACUGGUCAAAUCGUUCUUGGAUGAACCGGAACAUCCGAAAUUACCGGACGGAUUCGCAUUCGAUGUGAUGCAUCAUUGUGGUUGGGGUUGUCAGGGCCAGUUCGUGCCAUCUCGAUAUAACAGUUCUCGGGCGAAAUGUGUGCGAUGUAACUUCUGUCAAAUAUUUUUCUCCCCGAAUAAAUUCGUCUUUCAUAGUCAUUCACCUCAGUCGACCGGGACUAUCCCGAACACCGAGUACCGGCAUCCAGAUGCGGCCAAUUUCAACGCAUGGCGAAGACAUUUAUUCCUGUCCGAAAUCAAUCCAUCUGUGGACCUGGUCUAUGCUUGGGAAGAUGUGAAAGCCAUGUUCAAUGGAGGAAAUCGUAAACGAGGCACAAAUCCGUCCGUACGAUCAUCCAGUCAAACAAGUUCGGACGAGCGACCGAGUUCCACAUGUGGCUCAAUCUCCGACGAGUAUAAUCUUUUGAGCAACAAACGAACUUACCUGCCCCCGGACGGGGUGUUUGAUCGUGUGUCACUGCAUGGGAACGCGUCAGAUAGACCGGUGUACCACACGGAAACAUUGGUGGAUAUCGGAUCUGGGGAAAACAGUGGAAAAUACCGAACAGUGAACGGCGAACAGAGUACGGCCGUUCCAGAUUCCACCUUUUCCAUACACAGAAUGCUCACGCAUUCCACCGCAAAAGUUUCCUUGGACCAUUGGUCUAACAGAACCAAUUAUUGUCCUUCAGAUAGCCAGCUACAUCUGGAACCAACAGAGCUGUUUGGUUUCCAACUUUCCAAUACAACUGGCACUUUAACGAAAGAUUGGUGCGGACAACUGAGUCCAACUGUGCAACUGAACAAACCCAAUAGAAAGGAGAUCGAUCGAGGAGGCAUCAGCACAGUUCCAUUCAGUCAUAGUUUGAUUUCAACUCGUCCUCCACCACCUCCUCCAGUUCCUGUUCCCGUGGAACCGGGCACCGGUUCAGCAUGUUUCGCGGGAACAAUUCGGACGGGUAGCGACGAAUCUGUUCACCAAGUCGAAUGCUAUCACGAUCUACGAAUUACCAAUGUGAAAUCCAGUGUGACAAAUCAAUCCUCAACCCCUGUUUGUCAGUUGCCUUUAUUGACUGACAAGUUCGACUGUACAUCAAAACCGGUUGUACACCCUUGGUCCACACUAUUUGCCCAACGGUUUUGGCACACCGCGUGUGCUUCACUGUCACUCAGCUCCUCUCACUGGUUCCAUUUUCUGGACGAGUGGAAAACCAAGGUCCAAUACGCGAAUGUGAAACAAAGCGAGCCCGUCGGACUGGUCGAAAAUGGAUCACCGGAACCGGAUCAAACUUGA